GUUUAUUUUGAGGGAAAGGAUUUCAAAUUCAUUUGUUUGUAGCUUGCUUCCGUAAUGCGCUGCUUUUGUUGUCUAGCAACAUUUGGAAUGUAUUGCCAUAGAACAUAAAAUACCAUAAGCUCUAUCAAAAAGAUAGCGGUUAUUGUGGGUGGUAAGGCAGCUCUUACCUUUUUCAGAAAAGGAAAUAUGGAUAAAAAGGACAAAUAGUCAACAGGGGGAUGAACACCAAGGCUUUUACAGAGUGUUAGCAUUUAGGCAUGCGUUUUUAUAAGCCACAUCAAGUAAUUAACUAUCAUCCCAAGUCUGCAGCUGGGAGUGUAUACGUUAAGUACAAGGAGCGGUGCCAAGCACGGUGAUGUGGCAAAUUAUACCUUUACAUGGCCGAAUUGAACACCAACUUCACCGCCUCUGACUAGCUCUACCGGCGCUGUAAAAUAACAAAAUUUCCGAUAAUGAGGUAUCCGCAUAGUCUACAACUGUUGCUACCUCUUCACACUUUCUCUACUGAAUUAGGGAGGAUAAGUUCAAAUUUCUCUUUCACCAUUUUCAUUCAAUCAUAUUGGCCUAAAAAUAGUACUAAACGAAUAAAAGGAUCGGCAUUUUUUUUUUAUACGAUAUGCUUGAAUAUUGUGUUUCAAUGUCAUUCACAUUAAUUCGUAGUAUUGCCUUUUUAAAAUUAUACUUUCGUACUGGUUUCCAAAUUCAACUCCUUGGCUUCGGUCCCGAGUCCCUGCUAUUACUCAUUUCAUAUUAAAAUUUUUCGUAUUGGAACUUCGUAAUCCACAUCAAUGGGGAUGUGUUUUA